UCCAUACCGCUUUAUCCUUUGGGGGUCGUGGGGGGGCUGGAGCCAACCCGAGCUGAGAUUGGGCAGGAGGCGGGGUUCACCCUGGACAGGUCGCCGGUGUGUCGCAGGGCCAAGAUACAGAGACAAACAACCAUUCACUCUCACACCAAUGGUCAAUUUAGGGUCUUCAGUUAACCUAACCAGGAGAGAACCCACAUACACGGGAGAACAUGGUUCAAGUACUUUCUUGUUGUGAGGGGACAGCGCUAACCACUACACCACCGCGCAACCCCAGAUAUGCGUUGCUUAUGUAUAUAUUGUGAAUUCUGAUGUGAACAGACUAUUGCCAGUAUCUUGUUAUCAAUUGAAACUAGUAGCCGCAGACUUUUGUGGUAGAAUGAAUUACUUUUCUAUAUAAUGACUUUUUAGUUUCUGUCAAAAUGGAAAGGGGAGGAGACGGACAUCACAACGGUCGAAACCGUAAGUACUUGGUUCAUCAUUUUACACGGACCUCUCUGUUUAAUGGUAACCAAUUUACAUAUUCUAUGAAUGGUAAUAAUAUACUUUUCUAACUGAUUUGAUUUGCAGGUCCGUCUUUUUACCGAUACCCAAUAGGAGAUCGGCCAUCAGCUAAUGAUCUUAAUGAUAAUGCCAUUGCUUGGUUGAAUUGGGUUUGGCAAAUAGAAAUUCUUCCAGUAAUGUUCAGAAAUCAUCGUGCUGUCAAUGACAAUAAUGAGAGAGAUGAUAACCAAGUCAUCAUUGAAAUCGUCGAAGGCGACGUAGGCUACGACAGUCCCGACAAUAGCUUAGACACCCACAACGUCAAUGUGAACAGUGAAGAGGAUGCAGGUGUUGAGGGGGACCAGGGUGUAGAAGAAGACCCUCUGCCUGGAGGAUCUAGGAGGAGGUCUAGACAGGAGGGUGGACAGGAAGAUGAAGAGAGAGGCUGGUGGAAUGAGUUUGAUGACAGCAGCACUGACUAUGACAAUAACACUGAUGAUUAUGACACUGACAGCAGCGUCUAUGGCCACUAUAAUGCUGACAGCGAUAGUGGAAGUAAUCCUGUCAAAAAUGCGGCUGCUUAUGCUCAGCUUGCUGAAGAAGACCCCCUGCCUGGUCCAUCCAGGAAAAGUUCAGGAGAGCAUGAUACAGCAGAAGACGAGACCAGCUACAACAAGUCCGUAUGCUGUUAUGGGUUGUUCAACAACAUCUUUGACACAGGCACAGAUAGGCCUGGCCAAGAUCCUGUUCACAGUAGCAUUGAUUUGGUUGAAGGAGCGGAGGAGGAGAUGGACGAGGACCACCAGCAGGUGGAGGAGGAAGCAAGAUUACCAAGACCGUUUGGGAAGGCGUCAAGGAAGAGGCCAAGGGAACAUGAUGACGACAACAACAUGAGAGACAGAAAACGAUUCAAACGUUGAGAUACGACACCAGUAAUUUCAGAACUGUGACUUUUGAGUAGUGAGAUUAGGAUUUUAAAAGGGCCCAGAAAAAAGUUUUAUGCAAGCACUUGACCUACAAUUUGUAGACAAAUCUCUCUCUCUCUUGAUUUUUGUUAGAUCAAACUAUUGUUUUUCUUAUUAUCAUUAUUUUUAGCUUGCACAUAAUUUCUCUGAGACAAACUUGCUUUUCAGCAAGUAAGAAGCUGGUUCUCUUCUUACCGGGAUUCGGUGCCAGACUACUUCUUGGACAAUGGGUUAAUCUACCUCUUCAUUCCUACUGAAAUCCCACAUUUGACCCAGUCAGACACAGAGCGCGGCGCUCGGAGUCGACAUGGAUCUCCUGAGUGGCGUUUAAAAAAAAGAAAAAGCAAGAAAUUCUAGCUCCUCCAUAUACGCGCUGCUGCCGGAUGCGCAUCGCCCUCCCCCCGCCGCACUUGUUGCGCAGAGAGUGGAUGCGCCGCUGAGACCUCGGUGAGGAGGAGGAGGAGGCAGGGACGGACUGCAACAGGUGCACACGGAGCAUCUCCUCCAAACAGGUCACCGGAGAUAAAACACAACUUUAGAUGCUCAUCUGAAGAUCCUUCGGUCGUCGUCAGCCCUCACCGUGCGCACAAAGCCAGGAUGCCGGUCCUGACGAGCCCCGACAUCGCGAACAAGUUUAAGGAGAAGUGGCUGGCGGUCUCCCCGGAGGAUCAGGUCCCCGGGACCGACUCGGCCCCCCUUGACGACAGCCUCACCAGCCUCCACUGGCUCCAGAAUUUCUCCAUCCUCAGCGCAGACCCGGAGCGACCCAGCGGCGCUGGACCGGGCUGUCCGUCCUCCCAGCAGCACCUCUUUCUCAAGAGGCUCGGCCUCCCCAGAGGAGGCGCCGACUCUCCGUCCAGCCCUCCGGCUGGAGACACCGCGGCCACCGGGAUGCCUCUGUACCUGGGCAGCCCCGUCACCUCCGGCAGCGACUCCACCGUGGCACCGCGGUUAGCCAUUUGCGCACAUUCCACACCGGGCUACCCACAGAUCCCCAUCCAGGCCAGCCCGCCGGUCGAGGUCGACUACAAGAGCAACCCUAAAGUAAAACCGCCCUAUUCGUACGCGUCUCUCAUCUGCAUGGCCAUGCAGGCCAGCAAGCAGCCCAAAGUGACUCUGUCCACCAUCUACAACUGGAUAACAGAGAAUUUCUGCUACUACAGACACGCGGAGCCCAGCUGGCAGAACUCUAUUCGUCACAACUUGUCCCUCAACAAGUGUUUUAAGAAGGUCCCCAGACAAAAGGACGAGCCAGGGAAAGGAGGAUUCUGGCAGAUUGAUCCUCAGUAUGCUGACAUGUUUGUCAACGGCAUCUUUAAACGCAGGAGGAUGUCGUCUAACCAAUACAGCAGCAGCAGCAGUGGGGGCACACAGAGACAGAGCAAACUGCUUCAGGGUUAUCACAGCACCCAAAAUGGUUGCCCUUACCAAGGGGUGGGCGGCAAACGGAAGCACCUGCCCUCUAAGAACAGCAACAAGAUGAUGAGGGUGACUGAGUCCCCCCUGUUAGGGACAGAAGCACACAAAACAGACAUCCUGAGGGGGGACUUUGACCUGGCAUCGGUGUUCGACGACGUUCUCAGCGGGGACUGUAGCACCUUCGAGGAUUUGGACAUCAACACGGCGCUGAGCUCCCUGGGCUGCGAGAUGGAGGUUUCCAUGCAGGGGAGGCCGCACUCGACGGGCCUGGGGAGGUGGUGCGGGGGAGGGGACCUCUUGUGUCAGAGCCAGCACCUGAGCCACCAUCAGUCCUUUGGUUACAUGGACUUGGGCGCGGGGUCAAUGGAGUGCGUGGCCAAUCUGGGAGAGCUCCAUGCGCCGCCGCAUCAUCUGCCGCAGCCGGACCACGAUCAGCUGCUGCAGAGCCACCACCACCUGCAGCAGUUCGACGAGCCCUCCACGCUGUUCCCGGAGCGGCCUGAGGAGGCGAUGCUGCAGCCCUGGGAGGAAAUCAAAGAAGAGGCGCAGGCAAUCCCUCUUACGCUGGACCAAGGCUUCGGCCUGUGCGAGGGCUUCUUCACAGAGAUGCAGCCGUGGGAGCGAGUGGAGGCCUAUCUGUGACCUUUGACCCCCAAACCUCAUUGACUCAUUAUUCACAGCUAUCGGUCUAAUCGCCUUUGAUUGAUUGUCCAACUCCACAUUACCUGUAAGAGGAUAAAACACAGGUGACAGAGCCAGACCGCUAUUACUCCUGCAUUUCUUCCAAUCAUUCUGCAAUACACACUGCAUCUGUAAUUUAUUUUUUAUAACAUUUACUUUUUUUUUGUGUUAAAAUACAAACACGAUCAUGUCAAACUUAUCUUGAACUCGAACUGCAAGCCCAACAAACAAAGAUGCCCUUAACAAAAGACAUUGAUGUGACUAUAAACUUUGUUAUUAUAGGGACUGUUUCCUGGCAUAGGCUCCCAUUACUUCCUGUCGGGUGAUUGACAGGAAGGGGCAGAAUGAAAUGACAAUACGAGAGAGUAACUUUGAUUCAACCAAAUUAAAAGGUCCAUGCAGACUCUGAAGGCUAAUGUCACUCUGCGAAAUGGAUGUCAGCGAAUGUCUUCACGAGGAAGAAAAUGACGAAGACCUUGACUGUGUGCACGGUUACUCUCAGUUGGAUUUUCCUACCCUUUUUUUUUUGAAAAUGUAGGAGCUCAAAUAUGAAGAGAAUGUGCUCACGUGAGCGCUGGGCCGGACCGAACUGUAUAAGCUACAGCUAUUUGUCCACAGUGACAGAAGGAAAAGUGAAGAAAACCCGACAGGCCUCAUUCAAAGCACUCUACAAACAAGCACUGUCACAGCGGGACUCUGGGGACACACAGGAUUCUAUUUUGCUACAUUAGCAUCUAACAUUUUUGUACUGACAUGCAGCGAAAUCAGCCAUUCGUCUCAACUGUCCGCCAUGUUUUGUGACGAUGAGAGACAGAGCCGCCAGAGCAGGAUGGACACCAGAACGAUUUUAAAUUCAUAGUGUGAGAUUAGAAAUCAGUCACUCAUGACUUUGUUAUAUAGUCCAUUUUAUAUAUAUAUACAUGAAGUGUAUAACGUGAAGCUGGGCAGGAACAUUUUCCAUUUGUCUACAGUGACGUAUUGCAAAGCAUAAAAGAGGAGCUGCCCUGAAACUGAGUCAUGAAAUCGAACAUUAUGCACUUUGAUAGGCAGCAGUUUUAGGGGAGCAAGACAGCUUCUUCUUUUUUUUUCACUAUGUUUCCUUUUAUUUUUUAUGGUAUUAAAAUCUUGUUUUUUUCUAAAGUUUACUGACCAUAAUGUAUGAUGCAUAUAUGCUGUAACUGUCCACGUUGGUUUAUUUUUGAACAAUUAACUCCAUGCGGCAAUAACUCCUGUUUGCUUCACUAUAAUGUUUUUAUUUCCAGAUAUAUAGAAAAUUGGACCUUUGUUGAUUAUAUUUCGCCAAUCUGUUGAUAAGGAAUAUGCAGUUCAUUCAUGGUUUUUUUUUGUGUUGAUUAUUAAGAACAGAAAAGAGUAGCAUUUUCUAUCACUGGGUGAUGGAUUUCUUUUUGUCCUCUAUCGAUUACUUUGGUCUUUGUCUUCUUUCUAAAUAAUUGUUUGAAUCGUUUGUUUCCACAAAUCUGAAUUACAUAUUAUGUACGAGUAUAAUUACUGCUGGUUUGGGGUGACAAGUGAUGAGCAGCUUCACAAAUUCAACUCUUAAAAGCCAGAUUUUUAAUAUUGUAUCAUAUUGAUCAAGUUUGAUACAGACAAUUUAAUCUUACCAUGUUAUUUUCAUUUGUACUUUUUUAAAAGCUGUUUAAUAAUGCCUUGAUGCAAUAAAUGGUGUCAAUUAAAGAAAGAACAGUAACACAAA